UAGAGCGUCAGACUGAAGCGGCGCCCAGAGGAAGCAGAAGAGUCCGUGGGCAAAAGAGGAGAACAGCGGGAAUUCUGGGUUCUGUGGAGCUUUUACGGAGUUGCUGAACAGUUCAUGUUCACCUGAGGAACCAGAAGACACACCUGGACCACCUGCUCAGGACGGCCGACGGACAGAAUGCUGCUCCACACUGAACUCCAUCUCUGAGGUUUCCUCCCCAGCAGUGCCUCUGAUGCUGCUCACAGGUCCAUUGAGGCCCUGAGCAGGAACAUGUCGGAACAUCCGUAGCGAUUGCCGGUAACCCGGGCAACAUGAUGGCCUCGGUGGUCGUCAGGGGCAACCGCAGGAAGUCCCUGACGCUGAGGGGAGUCGACCCGGAGACCUGCAUGAUCGUGUUCAAGAACCACUGGGCCCAGGUGGUGAAGAUUCUGGAGAAACAUGAGCCGGGUCGGAGCAGCACCGGAGCCCUCAGCUUCCUCUCAGGUCACAGCAGCUCCGGAGGAUCUCGUCUGGGUCCGAUCCCGGCCGACGAGGCCAGCGCCGUCCAGAACUACGUGGAACACAUGUUGUUCCUGCUGAUGGAGGAGGAGGCGGGUCAAGGAGGAGCCAUGGGUCCCAUCCUGGAGCUGGUGGUUCUGGAGGGGGUGAUGGAGCGUCUGUUCCUGUGGAGCCUGAGGAGGCAGUUCACUGAGGACAUGAAGCUGGAGCAGCUGAGGAUGUACCAGAUGCUGCUGUCUCAGGCCCGACAGCCGCUGCUGCACCACAAACCCGUCCUCCGGCCGCUCAUGAUGCUGCUGGCAUCCUGCGCUGGAGCUGCAACUGACAGUGGAGGUGUGGUGGAGGCGGAGCUCGUCCUCCUGUUGAAUCAGCUCUGCGUCGCUCUGGUCAAAGAUCCUUCAGUGCUUGAACUUUUCUUCCACACCAGUGAAGACCAAGGAGCUGCCAACUUCCUGCUCUUCUCCCUGCUCAUCCCGUAUACUCACAGACAGGGUUCUGUGGGUCAACAGGCCAGAGACGCUCUGCUGCUCAUCAUGUCUUUGUCGGCCUCCGAACCUCGAGUCGCUCAACAUAUCGCCCAGAACACCUACUUCUGUCCUGUUCUGGCCACAGGUCUGUCUGGUCUCUACUCGUCUCUUCCAGCCCGACUGCAGGUCUACAGCGAGGACUGGCACUGUCUGGACCGGGCCGACUGGCAGCAGGUUCCAGCACUUGUCCACUUUCUGCACUCGCUGGAGUUCUGCAGCGCUGUAACCAAGGUGGCUCAUCCGUCCAUCCGCUCACAGCUGCUCAGUUACAUCUACAACGGCUUCCUGGUACCUGUACUUGCUCCAGCUCUGCACAAGCUGACCGUGGAGGAGGUGAUGACCACCACGGCGUACUUGGAUCUGUUCCUUCGCUCCGUCUCUGAACCGGCCCUCCUGCAGACCUUCCUCUCCUUCAUCCUGCUGCACAGACACGACAACGUGCACAUCCUGGACACGCUGGUCAGCAGAGUGAACACGCCUUUCCAGUUAGGGACGGUGUCUCUGGCUCUGUUCAGGACUCUGAUCGGACUCUUCUGUGAGGACGUGAUGCUGCAGCUGGUCUUCAGGUAUCUGCUCCCCUGCAGCCAUCUGAGCAGGAGGCAGCGCUGCUCCCUGCAGCAGACCGACUGCUACUCCUGCAGCGCCUCCUCCCUGCUGCUGCUGCUGCCCUCCUGGUGUCCGCUUCACCUGCACAGCAGCAGCAGCCAAUCAGAGCACGUCCACUGGCCUCGGGCAGCAGAUCUGUCGGUGUCGGACAGCGUCGCCUACUGCCGAGGCUCAGACUUCCUCAUGGAUGUAAACUACCUGCACUACCUGUGGGACGCCCGGCAGGCCAUCAGCACCUCGUACAGGGCGUGUCGGUUCUGGUCAGCUCCAUACGACGGCGUGAAUCCUCCUCCUCAGCAGUAUCGAUCAGACACACCCGGGGGCGACUUGGACGAGGAGGACGAGGAGCUUGUUCAGCGAGUGAAGAGCGACUCCAUCUGCUCUCUGGUUUUAACUCCUCCCCCCUCAGCUGCCUCCCCGACGCCGUCCUCCUCUGAUACCGUCUCCACCGGAAACCAGGCCGGCAGAACCAGCUCUGCUCUGGAGCUGGAGUGGGACGACAUCUUUGCAGAUGAGGAUUCAUCAGCGGUGAUAAACAUGGCGCUGACGAACGGCGGCGUAAACAUGGAGACCGACAGGUUCACCGUUUCUCCUGCUCCUCUGCCGCUGCUUCCUCGACACAUACAGGAAAUGAGACGCAAUGCAACCAGGCUGGUUCACGGCGCCUACGUGGAGGAAUCAGAGUUUCAGGACGACGUUCUCGUCUAUGACCUCAUUGCUCAAAAAGACACCAAGGCGGCUAUUUUGGAGCGGAUCAUGGCGGCAAACCGUCGAACUCGUGGAAGCAUCUCGAAAGGCCAGCGAGCGUCGACGACAACAACAACGUUUCCAUCGACGGGGAGGACGGUGAUGGAAACAGUCAACAGCAUCAUGUCGUCCCGGAGGAGGAGCGAGGACUACGAUCAGGAGGCGAGGAGGAGGAGUGAGGACUGUGGACGGGACACCAGGAGAACCAAGGAGGACGGCGAUCCUGAGGUAAAGAGGACAGAAGGACCAACAGAACCAGCAGCAGAACCAGCAGCAGAACCAGCAGGACGUCAGAACUUCACCAACGGUUUCUAUGUAAAGAAUCACAUCAUUGAUGAAUGUGAUGAUCCUGAUGAAGGAAACAAGACGUUUAAACCAAACUGUACCCUGAGCGACUGUAUUAAUCACAAUCACACAACAGAGCGGCAACAACACAACACACAACACACCUCACAUUUAGCGACCAACACACUGUCCAAUGGCCAUGUUGAAUCUCAGUCAUGUGACCUUACAAUUACCAAUGGCAAGUCUCCCAGUCUGCCUGACAACAGAGUCGCCAAUGGCAGCGACUUCCUGUCCCAGUACCACGAGCUCAUGCUCUCUUUAGGGGUGGAGCCAGACUGUGAUGACAUCACAGAUGACAUCGGCACAUUCAGGAAGCGCGUCCGAGCGCUGCGUCAGAAACUGGUAGAGGACGAGGAGGAGCUGAGUGCCGAGUUUGGUUUCAGCUCGCUGUGGGAAGAUGCAGAGGAGGAAGAGGAGAUGGAGGAGGAAGAGGAGGAGGAGGGGAUGAAGAGCGGCAGCAGGAAACAUGGAGUUCCAUUUACAGGUCCGUUCAUCAGCGUCCUGUUGUCGCGGCUGGAGAACCUUCUGGAGAACUCUAUCGCUGUGAACCUGCUGGUGACGGGAAUUCUGGCCCAGCUGGCUUCGUACCCACAACCUCUGCUCAGAUCCUUCCUGCUCUGCACCGACCAGCACCACCAGCCCAACGUUCGAACCCUGUACCAGGUGCUGGUGUCGGUCCACGCUCAGAUUGAACACUACGUAGCAGCCAGACCAGACCAUCCUGCUCUGCUCACUGAGGCCUGGAGGUUCCUGUUGGCCAAAGACCAGGACGGCAAAUUUAGAGAGAGCCUCCAGUCUCAGGGAGGAGACAUCAUCCUGGAUCCAUCUCUUCCUAACGGAUUGGUGAAGAACGCUCUGGCUCUGCCUCCCCUCAGCAUUCUACCUCCAUGUCCCAGCAUCCCCCCUCAGGCCAAGAGCCGAGUGUUCGCCAUCGUCCUGUUCGCCGAGUUCCUGAAGGAAAUGGCCGCCAUCGCCCAGGAGCACAGCAUCGCCCUCGACUGGUCUGCCAAGGAAUAACAUGAACAUGGCUGUGGUUCAUUUUCCUGUGAAUAAUUUGCUUCAGGAAAACCAUCUUUCUGAAGAAAACCAGCUGAUCAAAGAGAGAGCUGCUAAAAGUCAACGUGGUCUCACUCCAAGCUCAUCACAUAUAGACGCUUCAUCAGGAUCCUGUUGUGUCUUAUUUUAAACCAGUGUGCAGUCUUUUAGCGUCAUAGAACUGGAGUUACAUCCAGGAAAUACUACGACUAUUAGACUGAAAAAAUGACAAAAACGAAACAUUGUUCAAAAUCAUUUUUAGUUUUGUCCAAAAUGACCAAAAAGUCCAAAAAGACUUUUAAAAAUGUCUGAUAGAACUUAAAAUGUGUCAAAAAUGACCAAGAAAGAAAGAAAGGAGGACCUAACAAAUUGAAGAUGGACUGUUUGUGUUUGUUGUGUUUUUAUGGGUCAUGCUAACUUUGCGCCACCCACCUCUGACGAAAACUUUCCCAGAAUGACAAAAUAUGUCCACAGUGACUCUAAACUUGUACAAAAUUACAUAAAACUGUUCAAAAUGAUGAAAAAUAUCCCAACAUUUGUCCAAACUGACUUGAAAUGUAUCCAAAAAUAUAUAUAAACUCCAAAAUUGAUGUAAAAUCUGUGCAAGUGAUUAAAACCUCAUAGAAAAAAUUAUGAGGAAUACAAUAUAUAGUUAGCUAAAAUAUACAAAGUCAGCUAAAAGUAAGCCAACUAUUUUUGUUUUGGCUAAUCAUUGCUUAUUAUUUGCUAACUAUUACUUUUAGGUAAGCAUUUCUUCUGUUUAGCUAAACCCUUCACUUUAGCUAUUACUUUCUGCUAUUUGUACUUUUAGCUAACUAGUUAUUACAUUUAGCUAAUCAUUUCUUUUAGCUAACCAUGACUUUUAGUUAUUUCUUACGUUUAGCUGAAUCAUUCCUUUUAGCUAUUACAUUUUGCUAUUUAUACUUUGCACACUGAAAACUGAUGACACCAAGAAGUCCUGAUGAAGCGUCUGUAGUGGCAGUUAGCAGUGACAACGUGAUGUUAAAAUCUCAGCACAAAAAGGAUAAUUUAAGUUUUUUUUAAACAAUAAAAUGUUGUUUGAUGCAAUCAUUUAAAUGCACAUUCUGUAUAUAUUCCUGGCAGCACUUGAAACUGUUUGUCCACAUGUGAAUAUUUAUAAAAAUGACUUGAAGGAGAUUAUUAUGAAUCAACAUAAAGUUUUCUAUGUAUUUGCUGCAUCCAUGCAGUAGUUUUCUAGAAAGUUUUCUUAGAUUUUUUGCACUGAAUUGUUUAUAUGUAUAAAGCUUGACGUCUGGUUUAAAAUGCAGAGAAUCAGAUUUUAGUUUAACAGACCCUGCUGCUCAGGAUCAGAAAUGUGAUGCAGAAACUAGUCAGAAAUGAAACUAACCUUAAAUACACUGAAGUGACUUUAAAGAUUUCAGAUGAACCAAAAUACUACAGAAAACUGCUGCUUGACUUCAGGUAAAUCAGCCACCAGCUGCCUGAGCGAGUAAAUUAAGUUUUCAAUGAUAUUUGAAAAGAAAAAUGUUGAUGUGGAAAAGCAGUAAAAGUACUUUCAGUUUCGAAUCUCAAAUGUUCUUUUACUACUUAAAGAUCAGCAGCAGUUCCUCUUCCAUCAAGGUGAGAUUUUAAUUUUAAUUCUGUAGAUAUAUUUCUUUGUUCUUACUGAAGGAGGUGAGAAAACUGGAUGGAUUAUUGUCUUUCCCAUUUCAUGGUGUCCUACAGUUCUUUGUUUUGUUUUUUUUGCUUAAAUCACAAAGAAACUUAACUGAUGUGAUUAUUUGUAGCUGAAUAUUUGUGGAUAUCAGCUCUUUGUUUCAUUUGUUAUUUAUGAUUCUUGUUUUAUUUUUGUGUGAAUCUAGAAAAGCUGUUCUGCCUCUGUUUUAACUGUGGAAUUUUUUUUACAGCAUUUUGAAGCAGCUUUUGUUGAGAUUUUAAAGCUGAAAAUCAAACAGUGUCAAACAGAAUAUGAGCUAAAGGUGUUUUUGGAGAAAUGACGAAGCCUUACUUCAACUGACACAGAGACGUUUGUGCAAUAAAAGAUGCAAAAACAGCUGUUUCACAGGCUGGUAGUGAUGCCGGAUUUUCUCUUUUAAAUGUCUGUUCAUGUGUGUUUUAUUGCUCUUAUCGUGAAAUUUUGAUGCUAUUUUGUCUUGCAAAUUCAUCAGAUCUUGUUCACAGAUACAAGCUGACUUCUUCCCUUCACAUCUAGAAGAGGAACCACAUUCUGUCUAGGUGUGAAAAUAUGGUCAGAUUGAAACCAGACCAGCAGCUUUUCCGUAAACUGUGUUUCCAUGAUGGUUUUACAGCACGAAUGGACCCGAUUAGCUCAAACUGGGACUAUUUUAUUCUUUUCUACUGUCUUUCCUCUUUUCUUUUGGAAUAAAUUAUUGCCAAGAUGAUGUGAAAAAAUAUUAAACUGAUGUCAACAGAAGAGAUCAUAAAAUAUGCUGCAGAUUGUU